AGUUUCUCAGCUGGCUGCUUCACAGCCCCAAUCCCUCUUUAAACGUAAAGCAUUUUACAGUGUCCUCUGCUGCAGUCAUGUGUUUUCUAUUGAAACCACAAUCAAAUAGAACGCGCCUAGAAGAAAAUGAUCUUUCUUUGCAGUGAUAGCCAGAAGACAAUUUUAGUUUCUCAAAAAAUGAACUGAGUUUCAGAUGGGGUGGUGCUUUUGAAGGUCUAUGACUGGAGCUUGAGUGAUGUCAACCCAUAUGUUUUGCCACUAGCUCUGCUGCAUUUCCCAUCCCACAGUAGGGGACACCCUGUAAGAUAUGAACUUUUCCAGAUCUUGAAAGACUUUCUGGGCAAAAGUAUCGACAUGGACAAGCUCUGUACCGAUUGUCAAGAACAGAGAGAAGCUCAGGGCCUCUGCACUUUCUGCAAUAAGUGGUUAUGUUUUCGGUGUACUGAUAUACACCAGCACAGAAAUACCACUUCACUCUUCAUAUCCGAAGCAGAGAAGAUGCCUUCUCAUGCUGGUCCUAAUUUCCAAUCCAAAGGAUUCCUGUUCUGCCACUUUCAUAAUCAGGAGCUGCUGGAUUUGUUUUGUGAAACAUGUGACAUGCUCACCUGCAAAAGCUGCCAUUUCUCAGCACACAAAGAUCACAGGUUAAUCCUUGUUGGCAAAGCACUUCAUAAUCAGCAGUGGCUCUUUGAGAGCUUGAUGGCACAACUGGAUGACAAGCGAUCUGUUGUAGAGAACUCUGCAAAGCAAAUAGAAGCCAGGAUACAUGGCAUAAAGAUUGCACAAAAGAAGACAGAGAACCAGAUUAAAAUGGCAAAGAUGAUUAUGAUUAAUGAACUGAACAAACGAGCCAGCCAUUUAAUAGAACAACUUGAGAAGAUCACAAAUGAUUUACAGCAGAAAACUGUCAGCCAGCUGAAUGGAGUGAUAGAUUUGUGUAGCCAGCUCAGCCAUGUGCAGAACUUUGUGAACUGGGCGACGGUGAACCAGAGAAGGAGUCCUCUGCUCUUCAGCAAAGAACUGAUUACAUUUCAGAUGCAACGCCUGCUUGAAUCUCAGCUUCCCUCUGACAUUGGCCCACCUGUUAAGAUUAAAUUCAACUGGGACGCCAGUUUCUGGACCAAGCAGAUCUCCACUUUAGGCGAGCUGACGACAGAGGGAGGAAGCAGCCCUCACACCGGAGGUGGCGCCUCUCCAAGCGUUCUGAAGCCUCAGCCAAUCACGUGCCCAGCCAUGCCAGCCUCCCUGUGCCACCAGCCCCAAGACCAAAGCUGUGGCUUCCCCACCUGCCUUCAGUCCCGCGUGUGCUGUCCGCACUGCCUGAAUUUUUCCCAGGCACCCAAGCAGCAUGCCGACCUACAGAGCGAGCUCCUCGCAGGACAGAGCAGGGGGCCUUCUGCCACGCAGCAGUUCGGCGCCUUGGGACGAGGCAGAAAGCUCCGCCCGAUCCGACCCUACCCUGAUAAAUCCUGGCGCCACGGUCACCAGGGCGCUGUUGGUCUGGAAACGCAGGCCUCGAGAUGGCUUCUUGACAAGAAGCAGCUGGAGCUCAGCCCCUAUCCCCUUAGCCUCACCCUGCCAAACCAAACUACUCCAUCCCUUCAGCUGCCAAUGCCGGGCCAAUGGGUGCCCAAAAGCCCUCUGGCUUCAGCACCUCAGAUGAUCCACCUGCCUUCGCAGUCCCUGAUGCAGCACAGGUACUUCCAGCAGUCUUUGUUGCCCAGCUCAGGCAGACCGCUGCAGGGGCGGGCAGUGGAGAAUGGCUUGCGGAUCUUGGCGCCCUGUCGAUUAGAACCACUGCAACCACAGGAGGCCGAGCUGGACCUGCCGCUGCAGGGAGCUGAGCAAGCCAGAGCCGGGCCGACCAGUGACACGGUGAGGCAACAGCAGCGGCGGCAGAUCUGUCUGCAGCAGCUCAGCACCUCACCAACAGCGGCUCAUGGUCAGGACCACCCUGCACUGUGUCAGGCAUCAGAAUUAGAGCUGAAGCAGCAGACUGGGACGAGUAGCAGGAUGAGUCAGUCACACGUGGUUGACCAAACCAUUGGCUCUGCACCGCUCCGUGCCAUUUCCAUUGCUCCUGCCUUGCUGAAGAUGUCUGAGCCGACCAACGGACUCCUGAGCAGCACACGCCGAACGCCCGACCCGAAAAGAGGGAAGAGGACACAUCCCAGAGACUCUCCGUCAGAACCUGUGAUGCCUUCCUCCAGGUCUGCAGCACACCUUCUCUCUGAACACCAGCCCCUAGGGGCUGCACAUAGCUUAGCAACAAGACACAGGAACCAUGGGAGCAAGGACUGCAAGGGAGGCCUUAUCCGACCCGGCGGAGGUGAUGGAGUCGCAGACAGGAGCUCUCCUGCACAGCCCAUGAAUCUGUCCUUCAGCAGGGCAGCUAUGAGCCCCCCCAUCGUGCUCCUCACUCCUCUGACUGUCCUCAAGACAGAGCCAGGUCACAGCACUUACGAAGGAGAUGAUGCUAAAGGUGAACACUCUUCACAGAAUACUGUCAGGGUUCCCAGUGAAAUCUCAAACUUCCCAGUAAAACCUAUGGUUCCAUUUGUACGCCUGGAGCGCCUGAAGAUCUGCCCUAUUUCUGGCCAGCUUCCAGCACUCAAGCUACCCUCAGAGAGCAGGGAGAACGAUGCCCCCCCUCCUGCAGGCACAGACCUGGACACGGAAACAGGAGCUAGAUCUGAGCAAGACAAAGGCAGCUGUGGGACAGAGUAUACCGGAGAGGACUGUCUGUCACUCCCAGCAGUGGACGGUGUUGUUGAGCCAUCAGCGGGCGAUGACUCGGACUCUCCCAGCCCUUCGGGGAACUUGCAGUGUCCAGAGGUGGGGAGGCCAGCCGAGCCCCCUCAGAUGGAGCCAGACCUGGGAACCGAGGAGCUGGGAGAGGCCUGUGGGGAGAAUGAGGCAGAACCCUCCGCUGAGAACACUAUGGAGAACGAGGACUUCUGUGCAGUCUGCUUGAACGGAGGCGAUUUGCUGUGUUGCGAUCGAUGUCCCAAAGUCUUCCAUCUCUCCUGUCACAUCCCCCCACUCCUCAGCUUUCCUGUGGGUGACUGGGUUUGCACACUGUGCCGUAAUCUCAUUGAUCCAGAGAUGGAGUACGACUGUGAAAACACACGUCUGACUGCAGAACACAAGGGAACAACACCUCAGUACGGACUGUCCGUCUUAGACCAGCGGAAAUGUGAGAAACUGACGCUGUUUAUUUACUGCAGUGUCCUCAGUGCCCCAUUCCAUGAGCCUGUGAGUCCACUGGCACGUCAUUACUACCAAAUAAUCAAGAAACCAAUGGACCUCUCUGUCAUAAGAAGUAAACUGAAUAAGAGGAGCCCUCUUCACUACUACACACCUGAGGAGUUUGUUUCAGAUGUCUUUCUUAUGUUUAGGAACUGUGCAAAGUUCAAUUACCCAGAUUCGGAGGUGGCCCAGGCAGGAAGAAACCUUGAGGCGCUGUUCAACGCCAAGCUGAAGGAGGAAUUUCCGGAUAACGUCUUUCCAGAAGUGACGGACGAUUCGGACACAGAGGAGUUUGAUGGCACAUAUAAAGUGGGUGACAACGGCUUCCCCUGGCCCGCAGAGGGGAAGGAACACUUUCACAGGAAAAGGAAACGAAGGCACUCUCUCAGCUGGAGGAAACACCACUUUUAGCGUCCUUAUUUUUGAAGAAGCCGUCCAACAUGCAAAGCUCUAGAAUCUCUCAUUUUUUAAAAAAAAGGUCUUUCAGUUAUAUUGCAGGCAGAAAUCAGAUAUAUUUUUUUUCAAAAAUGUGAGAUUGAUUCCAUCCAGGAUAGGGGACAGAGGGACAUGGUCUUUAUUUUAUCUUGCAUUGUCUCUUCUUUUUUCAGCUUCCAAAGGUGAGCAGUUGUAACCAUCACACCUGAUUGAAUUAGUAUUGUUGGGAGGUUGGGCUUUAACAUGGACCUUUUACUAAACAGAUUUAAAUGGCCAUUUAAAAAAAAAUAGAAUACUUAAUUUUCUUUAAAGGCAUCCAAAUUCUACCGGCCGGUAAUGCUCACUAGUUUAUAAUCAAGGAAUUUUCUGACAUUCCUGAUAAAUGUCUUUUUAUCAUGCUUGUCCAUUAUUAAUAUUGGCAGCUGAGGACAGUAUGUAACUUUUAGUUUGUGAAUAAGGACUAACAAAGACUGUACCGGAUUUUAAGGUCAAGAACAAACAACUCUUAUUGAUCUAAUGCAUUGAACUAAUUUUUUUAACAUUCUUUUCUACUCUUACAAGAUAAAGAUAUUUUCUAGGUAGUUAUUUUCUACUCUGUAUGUUUUCCAAGGACCUCCUAUUAAUGCCUUUGAGUGAAUUGUAGAGAAUCUUGUCAGAUUUGCUGUCAUUUCCGAUUUGUCAACAAGAGGGAGACCUUACUGCAGGAGUUCUGAGGGGUUACAGAGGUUGUAAGGUUCGCAUUGCAUCAAGACUAAUAAAGAGACCAUCAAAAAGCA